AUGGAUUAUCGGCGACGUCAGACUCCGAGCGCCGUCGGCCUCCUUACAGCGCGGAACGAACCUCGUGGAAUGCGUGAUCUGUGGAAUGGGCUGGCAGCAAACUGCAUCGGCGAUCCAAAAUCACCUGCACACGAGAAGUCGAGAGAGGUCAGUGAAGUUUCGCUCCCGAUAGAACUUAGGUCGAAAUUUGACAACGUUGCUUUCACCUGCAAUCGCUUCAUAACCAAAUCAUUGGAAGAUGGCACUCGCACAAUCGGGAAAUGCGGUUUUGGUCGAGGUGGUUGUGAAGUGAAGGUUCGUUGUCGAAGCCUGAAAUAUCAGAUCAUUGCUAUAUCACUGAAGUAG